AUUUUUCAGAAUGUCAAAACGACAUCUCGACGACGAAAAUUUAUCAACGUAUGAAAUAAAACGUUUGAGAGAUGAACAAUUAAACCAAAUUCGACUAAAUGGCCUCAAUAAAGAAGGAAAUCUUCUCAACGAAUUAGAACGGAUGUCUGCAAAUGCCGUACGGGAAUUUCUUGUUACAACCUGCCCUUCUCCGUCACUUAUGCAAGCAAGGAUACUUCAAUUGAAGUCAUCACAGAAAAUCGACGGUGGUUAUUUUCAAAUUUUGCAAAUUCACGGAUACGUCAAGUUCAACGAGCCAUCAAUGGUCAAGAGCAUAUUGAAAGAAAGUAUAUCACACAAUGGUUCUUCAUUUUUAAACCGAGUCGCCAAAUAUAUAGCGCAAUUCUGUUUUAAUCAGUCUGAUUAUAACACAAUUUAUCAAUGGCGAGCUAUGGUGGCGUCCAGAACAGAAUAUGAUUGGCAACGUGCUUUCACCAGUUCAGUGCUUUCAUCACCAGAACGAGAACUUCCAUUGCUUGCUUCUCUUAUUUUGCUCCUUCCGGACCCGUCACCAAAAAACGCCGCCAAAGUAUUCUCAGCAAUUGCCAAACAAGAAAAACUGCCAGAAUGUUUUGAAUGGCUUGCUAAACGCGCUUUUCAAUUUGUGAGUGGAUCCGCCUUUCACAAAUCCGACGUCGAAAAAGUAACAAGGAAAUACUUGACAAAUUGUUUCGCUACCUGUAUGAAUUUGAGAAUGAAGAAUAAAAGCAAAACACAAUUUGCUAUUGAGUACUCACAGAAUAUGUUCCUAGAAAGAACAUCACAAAUUGCAAAUAAAGCUUUCGGAAUCAUCCGUUCAACAGACGAAAAUUCUGCUCAAAACUUACUCCAAGAUCCUUGUUUCCAAAUUACCAAGCCUUCCGAGAUGUUCAUCGAAUACUUCCUUCAAUACAUCAAACUUGGAAUGUUUUUCUUUGACGAUGGAGAUAAACUGAUUGCUUGGAACUACUAUUAUGAUGAUCGCUGGUGUGGGUACGACCGUUCUGAUUUAUUCGGAGAAAAAUUCCAGCUUUCUGAAAGUUUUCGAUGGUUCGCUGACUUCAAAUUUGCUGGCACGAUUAAUCAACAUCCUCACUACGCGAAUUUAAUUAUUUGCUCGAAAUUAUAUGAAUGGAUGAGCACUGACGAGAAAAUGUACAGCAGGUUGAUGAAGAAGUAUGGAAACGAAGAGUUGAUACAAUUUUUCGCAAUUUCUCUAUCAUUCGCGGGAUGUUUCAGAAGUAUUAUUGAACUUUACGACAAAUAUAAAAGCACAACAAAAAGUCGGCACGGAUGGUUAUGCCUACGGAUGUGUUACAUGUACAGUUGUGCAAAAGAAGGAAUGGCAAACGAAGCAUUGAAUACCUGGGCUUCAAUAAUGGACACAUCAGAAAGAGCUGAUUUGUUACAUACUAUUACAUUUCCUCAAAACAGUUUCCCGCUUCCUUACUUCGUACAAAUGAAAUAUGCGGGACAGUUUGCAACUCGACUAUUACGAAACUGUCUAUGGACUGCAGCUAUUAAAGAAGGAACUGAAGGAUGGAAAAAGUAUGCGAUGAUCAUUCUGCUCAUCUGCGACACGUUGGAAGAUUCAUUUCUCAAUCACAACAUGAUGAGAAUUAUGUUUCAAACUAUAAAAAUGAAAGAUAUGCCUAUUCUCUUUGAACCAACUCUUUCAAGCUGCCUCCGUCAGCAAAACUCAUACUGGGACUGCCUCCAAAUUGCAAAAAGUAGGGGAUUCGAAAUUCCAAAAGAUCGAUUAAAAGAACGGUUGAUCCCUGAUGCAGAAUCCGAAAGAAAUGAAGGUUUUGCGAUAGUUUAUAAAAAGCUGAAGAAGCUAGAUGCUAUAUUCUACCCCGUUGUGCUAGAUCUUCCUGUAGCCGCUUUCAAAGAUUUCAGAGAAGAAAAUAUGGAACUAUUCAAAGAUUUGCCCGUCGAGAGUCAAGAAAGAAUAUGUGAAAUUAAGGAAUACCAUGAAAAUGCAAGAAAGGCUGCUCGCGACGAAUAUGAACGGCGGAAAAGAGAAGAAAAAGAAAGAGCAGAUAUGAAGAAGAAGCAAAAAGAAGACGAAGAAGAAGCUAUGAAAAAUCAAGAGCAAAGAUCACACUUCUUUAUGAUAGACGAUUUUGAAUCAUCUCAUUUUGGAAGAUUCAAUGGGAACGAGAAAGAUUCCGAUAAUCAAGAAUCAGAAAGUUCUGAUAGUCCUUAUAAUCCAUCUAGUUUCAUGGCAGAGGACACUUUAUCAAUGCAGGAUUCAUCGUUUCCAACUGAAGUAGAAGAUCCGGAUACGUCAAUGGAUACUGAGUGAAUGUGUAAUUUCUCGUUGUAGCUGUGAUUAUCCUUGUUGUUUUUAAUGCAAUUAAUUCAUGUUUGGUCAAUGUCAAAUUGAAUAAUAAUUUAUGAAAUAUAAAUUCCUAAUGAAUGAAUUAACAUAUUUAUUGAAAUUUGUUGUUUUUUUUUGUAAAAAAAUACAUGAAAAUAAAUAUGUUCGUGAAAA